AUGGAAAAAGCAUCUGACAACAACCCCACGAAACUCUCGAAGAUGCUUCAGAAAGCCUUGUCAAUUAGUCACAGUCCCUUUAGUCCGGUAAGAGAUUUCCAUCACCACCGUACGGCUUCGACGGCGAACAGAGGAUUUUUCUUCUCUGGUCCGAUAACACCGUUGCUUCCAACGGCGGCCUCAAGAGCUAGGAGAAGAACCAAGAACGCCGUCGUUUUCGCCGAGCCCACUUCGCCUAAAGUCUCCUGCAUCGGUCAGAUCAAACUCGCUAAUAAGUCGAAAUGUCCAGAGACGAAGACCAGAGAACGCAAGAAUCUCAAAACGGCAUCGUCUCAUCUUGUUAAAGAAGCAGGCAAGGGAAACUGGUCGAAACUAAAACGUCUCUUCUCAAUGGGGUCGAGAAAAUCCAACUACGUAGCCGUCUCCGCCGCUAGCGAACCUCCGAUCUCGGCGGUGGAAGCGGUUGCGGCGCCUUCGUUGUGUAAAAUGAAGAAAUUCGCGAGCAGCAGAGAGGCUCUAGGUGGAUUUGAUUGGACGGCCGAGAUCAAACGUGAAGAAUCUCGGUCGGAUCAUCACCGCCGAGGUUACUCUUCCGAUGACAAAGAGACGAUGAUUCCAUGCGCUGUAAGCACGCCUCUGGCCAUGUGCUCGAGACAGAAGAGUGAAGUUAAUCUGUGGAAGAGAAGAACCAUGGAUCAACCAAAACCACUACAAGUUAAAGCUAGUUAUUAACUUGUCUUCGUUCCUGCUUCCAUGUGUAGUUGUUUUUUUGUGUCGGAACUUCGUUUCUACGUACUAGGUCUAAAGUUUUUGAAUACUUCAAACAAACAAAAUAAUUCGAUUUGUGAAUAAAUCCACACGUUUUUAA